AUGGAUGCCCUCGCUUUCACCGGCACUCCCAUGCCCCUCACGACCCAUUCCACUGCCCGGCAGGGCCAACUCCGGGCCGCAGAGCCAGCAGCUCCGGCUCACCCGCCAUGCCCCGCCCCGCCGCGCCGCGCCUCGCCUCGCCCCGUCCGCUCUUGUGUUCCCAGACAGGCCCGACCCUCACCUACAAUCGCCGGCCGUCUCACCUGGAGCCCGGCUAAUCGCUUCCCGGUCCCGGCCCGGCCGACCCUGGGACCCGGCGCUGCUCCAGGCGCCACGGGGGCGGGCCCCGCGCCCAUCCUCGCCAUGGCAACGCGACACUUCCGGCCCGAGGUGUCCGGAGCGGAAGCCGCGGUGCCGGGUGGGAGUCGUGGGCAGAGCCACUCUACAAGGGCGGGGCCUAAAGAGCGCCCUCCAGAGGCGGGGCCAGCCCCGAGGCCUCCAAAGGCAGAGUCUCCCCCCAAGAGGAGGAAGAAGAGAUACCUGCGUCAUGACAAGCCCCCCUACACCUACUUGGCCAUGAUCGCUCUGGUAAUACAGGCAGCACCUUUCCGCAGGCUGAAGCUGGCCCAGAUCAUCCGUCAGGUCCAGGCAAUGUUCCCCUUCUUCAGGGACGACUACGAAGGCUGGAAGGACUCCAUCCGCCACAACCUUUCCUCUAACCGGUGCUUCCGGAAGGUGCCCAAGGACCCUGCAAAGCCCCAGGCCAAGGGCAACUUCUGGGCGGUGGAUGUGAACCUGAUCCCAGCAGAGGCGCUGCGCCUUCAGAACACUGCUCUGUGCCGGCGAUGGCAGACCCGGGGCACACGCAGAGCUUUCGUCAAGGACCUGAGCCCCUUCGUGCUCCACGGCCGACCUUACCGGCCGCCCAGUCCCCCACCACCAUCCAGGGACGGUUUCAGCAUCCAGUCCCUGCUAGCGGACCCCGGGAAAGGAUCGACAUGGCCCCAGCAGCCUGCGCUAGCUGGACAGAGCAGUUCAGCUCAGGCAGGUACCAGCUCCAAGGGGGAAGAAGAGAUGUGUACUGUGCCCCGUAACUCCACUGAGAAGCCUCUGUGGCCCCCCUGCUCCCUUCCUGGGCCCACAAGAAUAGAGGGGGAGACUUCCCAAGGGGAAGUCAUCAGGCCUUCUCUUUCCCCAGAGCAAGGCACCUGGCCAGUUCACUUACUUCAGGGUUCCCAAGAUCCCAUGGGGAUGUCCAGCAGGGGGUGCAGAGCUUCCCUGUGGGGACAGCUACCCACUUCUUACUUGCCCAUCUACACUCCCAAUGUAGUAGUGCCCUUGGCCACACUACCUCCCACCUCUUGUCCCCAAUGCCCGUCUUCAACCAGCCCAGCCUACUGGAGUGUAGGUACUGAAUCCCAAGGAUCCCCGGACCUGCUCUGUGAUCUAGAUUCCCUCUUCCAGGGAGUACCACCCAACAAGAGCAUCUAUGAUGUGUGGGCCAGCCACCCUUGGGACCUGGCUGCUCCUGCCCCCGGCUGGCUGCUCUCCUGGCACAGCCUGUAA